UGCAGCUCAUUUCAGUUUCCCAAUGGAAAAAUCUGUGGACAAAACAGUUUCCACUAAAGUUUUCAUCUUCACCCUUUCACUGAUUCUCAGCAGCUCAAUCACUUUCAGUUUUCUUAGGAGUUCCCAUUCGCAUUUGCCUCUGCAUCCCCAUAAUUUUAGACAAAAACUGUGAUGUUUUCAAGGGUAAAUGGGUGCCUUAUCCACAAGGUCCUUAUUACAGUAACGAAACCUGUCGGCUGAUCGUUGACCAGCACAACUGCAUCAAGUUUGGGAGACCAGACACCGAGUUCAUGAAAUGGAGAUGGAAACCGGAUGACUGUGAGUUGCCUCGGUUCGACGCAGCACAGUUCUUGGAGUUUGUGAGAGGGAACUCAAUGGCUUUUGUUAGGGAUUCAGUAGCAAGGAACCAAAUGGAAUCAUUGCUCUGCCUCUUAGCUCAUGAAGCAUACCCAGAGGCUAUAUCUCACAAUUCCAAGCGUUGGUUCUAUGCUGAUUACAACUUCACCUUAUAAGCACUUUGGUCUCCAUUUUUGGUUAAAUCCAGGGCUGCAGACAUUAAUGGCAAUUCCAACAAUGGCAUCUUCAGCCUCUAUCUCGAUGAACCCGACGAAGAAUGGGCGAAUGAGAUCGAGAAAUUCGACUAUUUAAUUGUAUCAGCCGGGCAAUGGUUCUUCCGUUCGAUGCAAUUCUACCAGAAUGGUCAAAUUGUGGGAUGCUACGCCUGUAACCAAAACAACAUCACAAGCAUUUCCAAGUACCAUGGAUACAGAACAGCCUUCCGAACAGCUCUAGGAACCCUUGCAAGCCAUAAAAAUUACACCGGCACGACGUUUUUACAGCCGUUUUCGGCGGCGCACUACGAGAACGGAGAAUGGGAUAAAGGAGGGAACUGUGGAAGAACAAGGCCAAUUUCGAGCAAUGAAAGCAAGAUGGAAGAGGUUAACAUGGAGUUUUACUUGAUUCAAGUGGAUGAACUGAGAAAAGCUAAGGAAAAGGGGAAGAAAAGAGGGUUAAGAUUUAAAGUGAUAAACAGUACUGAAAUCAUGUGGCUGAGACCAGAUGGACAUCCAAAUCGUUAUGGGAAAUUCAUGAAGAAGAAGGCCACGGUAAAUGAUUGCGUUCAUUGGUGUUUGCCUGGCCCCAUUGACACAUUGAACGAGUUUUUGCUGUAUUUGAUGAACUCCAUCUAA